AUGGAGGGCAGCUUCGGCUCAGACUUCGGGGGUGUGCCGGGGGCCGGGGGAGGAAAGCUGGACCCAGGGCUCAUUAUGGAGCAAGUGAAGGUGCAGAUCGCCUUGGCCAACGCGCAGGAGCUGCUGCAAAGGAUGAUGAACAAGUGUUUCCGGAAGUGCAUUGGGAAGCCUGGCAGCUCCUUGGACAACUCCGAGCAGAAGUGCAUCGCGAUGUGCAUGGAUAGGUACAUGGACGCCUGGAAUACAGUGUCCGGAGCCUACAACUCAAGGUUGCAGCGGGAGCGAGCCAACAUGUGAGGCAUGUGCUCUUUUAGUGGACAUGCAGGAACUCUAG